AUGUCUUUUGACCCGAAGUUUUUUCACGAAGUUGUUGUUAACGGUCAUUCGGGUCCCAGCAGUUUUGUUGUCCCUCACCGUUACACUCGACUCUCCUUUCUAAGCGCUGGUGCUCAAGGAACCGUUGUGAAAGCUUAUGAUACUGUUACGCAGAAGAAUGUUGCAAUAAAGAAGGUGCACAACCCGUUUAUAACGCCAAUGAAUGCUAAACGAACUUACCGAGAAUUUGUGUUGUUAGCAACAAUGCAUCACGUUAAUUUGAUUCAGCUAGACUUUGCGUUUACACCACAAAAGUCUCUAGAGACUUUUGAAGAAAUUUAUUUGGUUAUGGAACUUAUGGAUUACAAUUUGUAUCAGUUAAUCAGAAUUAUGAAGAUUAAUCACACCAACCUUUCCUUUUUCACCUACCAAAUGGUUGUUGCAAUGAACUACAUGCAUCGAAGUGGAAUUAUUCAUAGGGAUCUUAAACCAAGCAACAUUGUUGUCAGUCAGAAUUGUGUGCUAAAAAUCUUGGAUUACGGCUUAGCUAGGAAAAUCGAAACAAAUGAAAGGAUGUCAAUGUAUGUUGUCACAAGACACUAUCGAGCUCCUGAGGUCAUCCUUGGCUUACCGUACACAGAAAAAGUUGAUGUUUGGUCCAUUGGUUGCAUUUUGGCUGAAAUGGUAACUGGCAAAAUUCUUUUCCCCGGUUCUGAUCGUUUCAAUCAGUGGAUAAAAAUUAUUGAAUUGCUUGGAACUCCAAAUAAGGAAUUUAUUGAAAGACUAGAUCGUCACGCAAGGAUGUUCGUUGAAAGCAAAGGAUCUAUGCCUGCAAAGAAGAUGGAAGAGUUAUUCCCAGAUAGUCUUUUUACUGAAGAAAGACCUGAAGUGCCUGCUUUAAAUGCAGCAAACGCGAGAGAUUUGUUGUGCAAAAUGUUACAAAUUGAUCCUGAUAAUCGAAUCAGCAUUGCUGAAGCAGUACAACAUCCGUACAUUUCUAUGUGGUUUCGUACUGAUGAGUGGGAUACACCUUUGCCAGAAAACAGAUACGAUCCUAAUACAGAUCUUGUGGAUAAGCCAAUUAAUGAAUGGAAAGAGAUGCUGUACAAGGAGGUAAGGCAGUUUGAAGUGACUCAUCCUAUAUUUCAAAGUGCUGUGUGA